CUCUGCUGCUCCCCCGCCGCCACCGCCUCGGCGCCCUUCCCCUGGCCCUCAUCCCCCCAAUGUCUGACUCUGAUUCUCGGACUGAGAAACGCAAGAAAAAAAGACCAAAUGGCCAAGCAACCUUCUGAUGUAAGUUCUGAGUGUGACAGAGAAGGUGGACAAUUGCAGCCUGCUGAGAGGCCUCCCCAGCUCAGGCCUGGGGCCCCUACCUCCCUACAGACAGAACCGCAAGGUAAUCCCGACGGCGAAGGGGACCGCUGCCCCCACGGCAGCCCACAGGGCCCGCUGGCCCCAACGGCCAGCCCAAGCCCUUUUGCUACCAGAUCCCCACUUUUCAUCUUUGUGAGAAGAUCUUCUCUGCUGUCCCGGUCCUCCAGUGGGUAUUUCUCUUUUGACACAGACAGGAGUCCGGCACCCAUGAGUUGUGACAAGUCAACACAAACCCCAAGUCCUCCUUGCCAGGCCUUCAACCAUUAUCUCAGUGCAAUGGCUUCCAUAAGGCAGUCUCAGGAGGAACCUGCAGAUAUUCGCCCUGAGAUCUGGAUUGCACAGGAGCUCCGGCGGAUUGGAGACGAGUUCAACGAAUCUUACACGAGGAGGGUAAAUAACUACCCAGAGGCUGAAGAGCACCCUCACCACCCUCAAAUGGUUAUCUUACAACUGUUACGAUUCAUCCUCCGUCUAGUAUGGAGAAGACAUUGACAGGAUCUUCCCGCCGCCAGGAUAAAAACGUGGACAUUGCUCUUGUUCAGACCGCCAGAACCCCAGCACUUUGGUGCAGCCGCAGCCGGUGGCUCUAUCCCAGAGAGGUGCUGCGAGUGGACGACACACUGCCCUGUGUCGAUGUGAACGUCACCCUUCUGUGCGCCACCACAUGGCAGGAUUUCCAGUAGAUGUUUGUGUGAAUGUAAACAGGGAGGGUUCUUCUAGUGUCCAGAGCCUAGGUCUUUGGAGGAGAGUCACCAUGCGGGGAAGGUGUUUACAUGCGGUGUGUUCCUUUGUUUUUCCAACCUACUUUCUUUGGUAACCAUUUGGUUGUUUUUUUGUUCGUUUGUUUUUUGUUUGGGGGUUUUUCUGGUUUUUUUUUUUUUUUAGAAAAAAAACAUGAAAACUUUUUAGCCAACUUGUGGAUGAUUUUUAUACUGAAAUUCUAAGGAACCUGUUGCCUACUCUCAGUGGAUUCUGUAAACCUGCAGUAGGAACUGAGCCGGCCAGUUUAGAAGGCUGUCUUAGUUUAUUUUUGGAGAUUACUGUACAGACUUUUUAAACGGGGAGAGUAUGGUGUUUCCCCUCUCCCCUCUGCCAUGACUUCUUUGAGUUUCUUUUUUAAUUGUCGCUACCAAAACAGUUCUUACGAAAUGGUAAGGAUGAGAGUGGCCAAGGGUCAGUUUUGGUGUGCCACCUCCAUUUUGUAAAUACCUCCUUAGCUCAGUUGCUUCUGUGGCAAAAUUUCACACUUUCUGUGUUUUUCCUCAUCUCCUUGUCCUCCUCAGUCUGUCUCCACACUGAUACACAGGUUCAGCCCAGGGUGUUCUCAUGACGCAAUGGGUUUGGGUCAGCAAGGGCUAGGGGCUGCCCGGAUUGUUCCCAGCUCCAUCAAUCAAGCUGACUCGUGGGAAGGGCUCUUGUUACUUCACUUCUUGGGAGUGGGUUUGUUUGUCUCUUACAUCUUGAGAGAAUGCAGACUUGCAACACUUGCUGAGGCUGUUAGCCCUUUUGGUUGCAGGUUUUGCUGCCGUCAUAGGCUCUGCCUUCCAUGUACCUGGUGGGCGAGAGCCCACACUUUUGGGGAUUGGCCAGGUCCUUUAGGGAGCAAGGGGCUCAGGUAAUCAUUUUCCAUGCUACUUGGCACUUAGCCCUGCUCAUCCAGGCCUAUGACACCUGAACUCCACCCCCAUUCCUUUAACCUACCUUGAAAUAAAGACUGGCUCUUCCUCACCAGUCACUGUAUAUAGGAAACCUCCGUUACACCGGGUGAGACGUGCUUUUUGGUCUUCCAAAAGAUGACUGACUACUUUCUUCUCCAUUUUCUUAACAGUUGGAUCUUGUUGGGCCGUCUGUGUCUGGGGUGGGGGGUGCUCUCUCUUGGUACCUGCCCCUUAGGAUCAUGUGCCCCAGAAGGCCACACAUUGGUCAGCCAUUUCAGGAGCUGGCAGGACUGGAGGUGUGCACCCUGGGGAAGGAGCACUUCCCUACCAUGUGUAAAGGCCCUGGCUUCCAUCCCCAGCACCUCCCAAAACAAACAGCACAGAUAACCAGGGAAGACACAGAAAGGACAGAGGGAAAACCAUCAGAGGGGCGGGCAGGGGACUGGGAGCCCUCUAACUUAUGAAAGCAUCCGUCAGCAGGCAGCUUGCUUAGAGAAGUGUGUGUGUUUCCAAGCAAGUCAGCAGUACCAACGACUGUGUUUGCUUUUUGCCCUGUAUAGGGCCAGUGUUUUUAUGUUAUUAAGUAGAGAAAUCCAUUCUUUCCUAUGUUCCUAAGUGUGUGUGUGUGUGUGUGUGUGUGUGUGUGUGUGUUGCCUAUAUGCUUUUCCUUCUAGAUUGGGAUCAUUUGAUUCCAAAUAGUCUUUCUUUUAAAACCAUUUCUUUCCCAGAUUCCUUAGAUUUUUAAUAGUUUGAAAGCUGUGUUGGCGCUCCUCAUGUGUUGAGCCUAGUCAAGGGUUCCUAUAAGGUUCUUAUAAGGUGGUAUUAAGAGUGCAACCAUAGUUCUUCUAAACACCCAUGCACACGCACGCGUGCACACACACACCAAAGACAUACUUGGUUCUGGGCCGCUUGUCUCCUAGGACUGCCAUGCUCAUGUGCCAGUCUCUCCGGCUGGAGCACUUUACUGUCUCAACCCCGUGACUCUGUGGUACCUCCUGGGCAGGUGCAGAAGGCUCCCAGAGCCAGGUGCCAGUGGCAUGUGUGGCCCUUCAAGCAUGCUUACCUCUGUCCCAUUGGCCUCCAGCCUGGGGCUGGCCAUCCAAGCAGCGCAUGGGGAAAUAAAGGAUUCUAUGACUUGUAGAAGUAUUCGAGAACAGGAUGCGGCACCCGGAACUCAGACAUGACUGGAUGUCCCUGUACUGUAUCUGUUUAUUAAAAUGCAAGUAAGAAAGUAUGUCUGCCUGCUGUAGGUAGACCCUUGUACUUAAUUUUUAUUUUAUUAUUAUUAUCUGUCAUUCUCACUUUUUUUAGUAGAACUAGAUCCCCCCUCCUCUGUCUCUGUCUCUGUGUGUGUGUGUGUGUGUGUGUGUGUGAAUACAUAAUGCGGGUUUGUGCCUUGACAGCCUCCCCAAGUGAGGUUUGUAAAAGAGUGAAGUCCUGUGGCUUCACCCCAAGAUGCAAUAAACACACAAAAUGACUUCCUGAGUAAUUUUUCAGAUUUCCUUCCCAAAAACAAGUUGAUGAAUUUGGGGGUGGGGGACGGGGAGGCUGGAAAUCAUUUUUAAAUCUCUUUCAUUCACGUCUGUAGUGCAUACUGUACACAUCCUCUCCUGUCUCUCACGGCUGUAGUGCAUACUGUACACAUCCUCUCCUGUCUCUCACGGCUGUAGUGCAUACUGUACACAUCCUCUCCUGUCUCUCACUGUUGUACAUAUUUUGACUAUUUAUUAGAUUAGGAAGUCGUGUUUUAUUCAUCAACUGAGCCAAAUGUCUGUGUGCAAUUGUGUUUCCUUUACCUUUCUUUGUAAAAUUUUGUACGGCAUAAAUGAGUGUAAAAAAAAAUCACUGUUUUUCUAAACUUCUCAGAAUUAAGGAUUGUAAAUAUUGCAGGUUCUUUUUCUGUGUAAUGUGCCCUACUGUUUCAUAAUGCUGUAACUUGUAAAAACGUUGUAUAUUUAUUUU